AUGCCCUCUACAAGUUCAUUACUCAUACUCCUCCUCAUAUGCCUGGUCUUCGCCAGCCCAGUUGCAGCAUUUGGCGCCGGUGAGGUGCCUCCAGCCAGCGAGUUCAAGGGCUAUGUCUGGAGACAUGGCGACCUGGCCGAGGUGCUGAAGUUCCUGCCGACCAGUUUCAUCACCGGCUACAGGUUCACAAAGUUGCAGCGCAAACAGAUCUACUUUGGCAACUGGCUGCGCGACUUCUCUCAGGUCAUCGACACGACAUGUCUCGAGAACGUUCCCGAGCCCAUCUUGCGCGCCAUCGUCUCCGUCAUGGCCUUCAUGGAGUUUGGGUUUGCGACUGAUGAGUUCGACGUCACGCGAGAGCGCUUGGGCUGCUACACUCAUGUCGAGCACAUUGACAAUCCGUGUGGCUACCCAGACGAUGCCAAGAAAAUCGAUGCGCGCCUGCGCGGCCCGGUAGAUCCGAAAGAGCUGGCCAUCGACCCCGAGACAGGCAUGAAGAACUACAUCGCCAACUCUGGUAAAGGAUGGGUCACGUCGGCUGACUACCUUCGUGAGCAACUGUUAGGGUGCAUCGAGCUUGGCCGGAAGGGACGGGCUCAGCAUGAGACAGACGCGAGGAAGGAUGCAUUUCGUCGACUCGGUGCUGCCUUGCACACCCUGGAGGACUUCUCUGCGCACAGCAAUUUCAUUGAGCUGUGUCUGCAUGAGCUUGGCGAAGACAAGAUAUUUCCCUUUGUCGGCGACGCAUGCCGCGUCACGGUCCCCGAUGGCGCUAGAGCUGGAAAGGAGGUUGCACCUCUUACCACAGGCACGUUCGGCAUGCUGGACAUCUUCCACUCAUUGCUGGGUGAAGCCGAUGAUAAGGCGGUUCUACAGUCCAAGGGCUCGCUAGGCGAGCUUGCUAGCAAACUAAAUCGCGGUGGCAUGGCGUUUGAGCAUCUCUUCCAGCUCAUCAAGACCGGCAUCGGACGGCUGAGCAAAAUUCAACCAGACAUUGACCCACUGAUGAGACAGCUUCAGACCGUUCAGGAUAUCUUCAAGAAAUAUGUGCCUGAUGAAGAAGAAAUUCCAGCACCCGAAGUCUUGCCAGAUGCUAACGUGUUAUGGAAGACCAUUGAGCCCGUGCUUUAUCUACACGACGCUGUUUCGAAGUAUCUACAGGCCGGCCAAGAAGAUGAGGAGGAGUCAACACAAGACUACUCGCAUGGCCAGCUGGGCGAGUACACAAACCAGCUUGUUUUCAGGUAUCUAGCGGUUAUGAUCGAGUCUUCGGUCAUGGAACUGCGCAAUGCCGUCAAGGCAGCAAGGGACCGAGUGGACGAGGAGGCGGCCAAGUGCGACUCCGCAAAAGUCUUCGCGGAAGGCAGCUCGGCGUCCGAUCCCAGCCAUUCAGACCUCUCCAAGGACCACUUUGGCAAUGUGCUCAAUCAGCCCGCUGGGCUCGUCGCAACGGUAACGACCAACUGGAGCACACAGCAGAUCGUCAAGUGCUGGGAUGACGCAGACAUUGACGCAGAGCUCGUUGUGGACAAAAUCCUUUCCGUGCUGCACCACCCGUCCUUUCCCGACAACAAGACUCCAAUCCAACAAUACAUGUUCGACACAGUCAAGGCCUGGUGGGACUCCACACCACCGGAGGAGAAGGCCCGCAUCCGCAGCAAGCUCACCAAAGAGAGCGUGCGCGAGCGCCAGCACGAGGACCACAACCUGACCCUCCGUGACUUCGAGGGCAAGCACAAGGGCCCGGCCGACUUCCCCGGCGCCUGGCCCGAGGUCAAGCAGCCGCCUCGCAAGGCUUCGCUCAUCCAGGCGGGCGUCAACGAUGCCAUUGCUGACUUCAACUGGGCCUUGGCUGUGACCCAGAAGGCCCGAACGGACCCUCGGGGUGCGGGCCGGGAUGUGUGGAACGCAUCGGGGUAUUUCGUGCAUAACGUCGUCCUGCUUUACUUGGCUGUGAUGUAUCGGAUUUUGGGAACAUUCGUAUGGGUGUUUUACAAGUUAAUGUGGCCCUUUGGUUGGGGCCGGGACUCAGAGUCGCAGAUAGACUAG